AUGCUGCUGCAGCAGGCGUCGUCGUCGCCUGGUCCAAGCGGCACGGCCAGUCCCAAGUUAGCUCCCAGCCCGAGGCCUAAUCAGAGUCCAUGUUUUGGAACUAGACUGGCUGGUAGUCCAAGUUUGAGUGAUGGAGCGUCUAGUUCAAACAGUCCCAAGUUGGGCGCCAAUAGUCCAAAGUUGGGGGCUAGCCCGAAGUAUGGGAGUCCUCGCCUUGGGAGUGGCAGUCCUAAGCCAGGGCGAGCUGCGUUGGAAGACGAGGCAGCGUUGGAGAGGCUUCAGGCUGAAUUGAAGGAAGGCUGGACGGUGCACACGGGGAGAGAUGGUAGACUAUAUUAUUGCAAGUAA